GUAUGUGUGGAUGUCGGGCGCGCGGUCCCUGCCGACGGGUCUGGGGCUGGUCUCCGAGGACCGCGAAGUACCGCUGGAUGAGCUCCCGCCGAUCGAGGAGGACCAGAUCCAGGUGUUGCCAAUGGUCUGGCGGAACCCGGUGACGGGGCGGCCGGCGCUGCAGAUCCAUCCGUCGGCGGUGCGGAAGAUCCAUCUCAAGGAUGGGACGGUGAUUGAUGACUUGAGGAGGGUGAGGGAGAUUGUGUAUGCCCUGCAGCGGCCGGCGAUCAGCCCGCGGUAUGUCUAUGCGCAUGACUGGGAGGAGGGCGAUCUGGUCCUGUUUCAUAAUCGCGGGGUGUUGCAUUCUGUUGUCGGGGCGUUUGCCGAUGACGAGGUCCGUUUGUUCCGGCAGUGUAAUCUUGCGGCGUCGGAGGGGCCGUUGGAGUAUCGGCUUGAUAGCCAUGACAUAUAG